AUGCUUACUCCAAACACACCGGGAGCACCCUUUGUGAACCAGCGAGUCGGCAGGCGAAGUUGGAUUAAUCCUUUUGAUAAUUGGCUCCUUUGUGGCAUCAACGGGAGUUGCUCCGACCUGCGCCCGUUCGCCAUGAUUGGCGGAGGAGCACAAGGCUGGGGUAGAUUCCGAGGGGUAAAACCAAAAAACGCAUCUGGCCUGGCGGGUGUGAUGGCGACACUCUGCAGCGAUAGAGGGCCUCUCGCCAACGCCUGGAGGGAAGGGAACGGCCACUUGUGUGGCGCCCUCGCCGCUACAGCGGCCCCUAAAACCACAGCAUCCUCGUUUAUGCCAUUCCAUAAUAUUACCUUUAACUCCACUCCGGUCUGCGUCUGGCAACCCUUUUUCUGGAUAGUUAGUAAUGCCUCCCUGAAUUCCCACACUUUGAAUUGUACCAAUCUCACUUGUUUUUAUACAUCAUGUUGGAAUGUCACGGUUUUUCCUUAUGCCAUCGUGGUUCGGAUGCCUCGGUUCGUGCCUGUGCCCGCACGGCUUUCAGAUUCGUUGUCGACUGAGUUGUCCCGACAGAGGCGUGAUUUCGGGGUCACUGCAGCUGUUGUGUCAGCUAUCACCAUAGCAGCCGCCGCAGCCGCAGCCGCCGCCGCGUCUCUCUCCACCUCAGUACAGACUGCCUCAACACUCAACGCGUUGUCAGCCACUGUGGCGACCGGACUGGACACCCAGACUCUGGUCAACUCCCAUUUGAAGGGAGGAAUCAUGCUGGUUAACCAGCGAGUUGAUUUGGUACAAGAACAGAUUGAUGUGAUUUGGCAAGUAGCACAAACAGGAUGUAUUUGGAGGGGAAUGGGGUUAUGUGUUACCUCUAUCCCAUAUCAUAAUAAUAGCAGGGCAGCGAAUUUGUCUAGAGAACUCUCCGCCCAUCUCAAAGGGGAAUGGUCAGCUGGAUUUGAUCGGUUGGUAAAAGAGUUGCAAACUAAUAUAGCCCAAAUUAAUUCAACUAGAGUGGAUUUGACAUUCCAAAGGGACAUGUUGAGCUGGAUGCAGACGGCGGCGUCCCAUCUGAAAGAGUGGGCUGGUAUAGGAGCUAUUAUAGGCUUCUUGGCUCUAAUCCUUUUCAUAGGGGCCCGAUAUCUGUGCAGACUGCAGGCCCAGCGACAGCGUGACAACGUCAUGCUAGCCAUGGCCAUCACGGCCUUGGGGGCAGGUCAACCACCUAAUGUGUGGUUGAAUCAGCUGUCCUGA